AACAGAGCAGAGUACACCGUAAAAGUAGCAAUGACAGACAGAAAAUCCCCUUCAGGUGGGGUGAUAGGGGUUAAAUGCAAAACACACAACUCAGAACAGACAAAGGGCUCAGAAGAGAAAGAAGAUCGUACAUGUGUGAUCCCAUCUCUUCAGGAGCUGGAAGAUAUUCUACAUUCAGCUCCACGUUCAUGUCACCAUGGAGAUGAGGUGUGGCCAAACUUGUUUCUGGGAGACAUGUUUAUGUCCCAUGACAAGUUUGGCCUCUGGCAGCUGGGCAUCACUCAUGUGCUGAAUGCUUCACAUGGUAAACUCUGCUGUAAAGGCAGUGAUGAUUUUUAUGGAACAACAGUGAAAUAUUAUGGAGUUCCUGCAAACGAUCUACCAACAUUUGACCUUUCACCUUAUUUCUACCCGGCUUCAGAGUUCAUUCACCAGGCUUUGACAUCAGGAGGCAAGAUUUUUGUGCAUUGUGCUGUGGGUGUGAGUCGCUCAGCUGCACUGGUCCUAGCCUAUCUGAUGAUUCAUCAUCACCUCAGUCUAUUGUCUUCUGUACGUUAUGUUCAACAGAAGCGUUGGAUUUUCCCCAACAGAGGAUUCCUACGACAACUCAUAGGCCUGGACCAAAUACUCCAAGAAGAGAGGCUAAAAUGA